AUGAAGACAUCCAUCGCAACCCUGGCCAUCCUCGUCGUCACGGCUCUCGGCCAGAAGACGACAUUCCUCUGUAAUGAUAUCAGCAACAACGUCGUGCAGGACGACAGCAUCUGCUCGGGCGCGGGGGGCGCCCCUCUCGGCAGAGGCUCGAAUGCGCUCGCGAGGUCAAGAUUUGACAUCGCGUGCGAUGACAAGCUGGGGACGGUCCAGAGCACCGGUGAGGCGUGCGAGGCGUAA